AUGUCUGUCUACGGUCUUAAGCAAGCUCCUCGCGCUUGGUAUAUGGCUCUUAAACAACAUCUUCUUGAUUCUGGUUUUACUAACUCUCUCGCAGAUGCGUCCUUGUUUAUUCAAGGCUCAGGCUCUAACCUCACAUAUGUCCUUGUCUACGUUGAAGAUAUCAUCGUCACGGGAAGUCAUUCACCCACCGUUGAUGUUGUCCUCACUGCCUUUGCAGAUCGUUUCUCCAUCAAGGAUCUUGUUGAUCUUCAUUACUUCCUUGGUAUUGAAGUCUCUCGGUCCAAACGCAGAAUGCAUCUCAUGCAGCGUAAAUACAUCAAUGACCUCCUCCUCAAGACCAACAUGUCUGAUGCAAAGCCUGUUUCUACGCCUUUACCAACCUCACCAAAACUCACACUCACAAGUGGUGCUCUUCUUGAUGAUCCAUCUAAAUACCGCUCUGUUGUGGGUAGCCUUCAAUACCUUUCAUUCACUCGACCUGAUAUCUCUUAUGUUGUGAGUCGCCUGUCUCAGUUCAUGCAUCGCCCGACUCAGGAUCAUUGGCAAGCUGCAAAACAAGUACUCUGA